CGUUAUAGUGUGGUCAGCCGGUGUUACCGAUGUUUUGAAAAUCUCUAAAUACCUACCCAUCUCUAAUUCCUUCUUUUUGUGCCGCUCAAGAAAACAAGAUGGUGAACGUACCAAAACAACGUCGCACUUUCUGCAAGAAGUGCAAGGUCCACAAGCUGCACAAGGUAACGCAGUACAAGAAGUCCAAGGAGCGCAAGGGUGCUCAGGGCAGGAGACGUUACGACAGGAAGCAGCAGGGUUUCGGAGGUCAGACCAAGCCCAUCUUCAGGAAGAAGGCUAAGACCACCAAGAAAAUUGUGCUGCGUAUGGAGUGCACUGAGUGCAAGUACCGCAAGCAGACUCCCCUGAAGCGUUGCAAGCACUUCGAGCUGGGAGGAGACAAGAAGCGCAAGGGACAGAUGAUCCAGUUCUAGGCUCCUCGUUCCAACCGGAAAUUCUUUUUCUAACGAAGUGUUUUUAAGUUGUUUUCUUUCACCCGCCACCACACGGCGGGAAAUAAAACAAAUUAAAUUGUA